AGGGAAACGAAUGUAAACUAUUACAGUCAACGCAGAAAAAGUAACGACUACAGAAGCUUUUCUGUUUCGUUUUUUGCUUCAUUUUUUGAGUUUGGGAUUUGAUAAAAUAUUCGUUGUGAAGGCUAACGAGUAUAGACAUCCGGUGGCCAAAAAACACAUUCUUACACAAUGAGUACAGUCACAGGACGAAGACUUAGCCCUCAAAGACAGAGAGACAUCAAAGGAGAACGAAAGGCUGGUACUCAAUCAAAAGCUCAGAGUGAGGCACCUGGAAGAAAAGCUCCUGGAGACGACUGUCCAUUUCCAAAUAAACCUGUGAGCCACAGAAGACUUUUUAACUCAGGGACACAUCAGUCAACCGAUCUCUACACUUCUGAAAAAAUUACACAACAACCAAGAGACCAUGACGUAGGACAGAAACAUUGUCCAAAUGGCAUCAGAGAUACUGCAGGGUCUCAGCAUGGAACAAAAAAAGAAAUCCAGCUGACGAAAGCAAUUCAUGAAAAACAGCUCAGGCUCCAGGAGAAGCUGUGGCAGGUGGAAGAGAAAGUCAAACAGAAACUCGCUGAAGCCGCUGGCAAAAACGACGAGGGCAAGAGAGGAGAGAGGAGACAAAGUGGUGAAACAAAGGAGGCACAAAUCCGACAGAGCAGAUCAGCCGAUAUCCAUCAGGAAAGAAAACAAGUGGAGACCAUCAAAACUCUACAAAGACAAAGGAAACCAGAAGCCGUGAAGGGCUUACAGUCCAAAGAGAAUAGAAAUAAUGAAAGUUAUGAGCAAAAGGUCAGUAGAGACGCUGACAAAUCAAGAUGGGAGAAAGUCACAGAGGAGUCAAGACACAACAGAGAUGAUGGCGACAGGAAAGAAGAAGGUUUGACGUCCAGAGGUGGAACAGCAAAACAAAAAGGACAAACCACAGGUGGGGUAGGUUUGUCAGGAAGAGAGAAGGAGAGAAUGUAUGAUGAUCAGGUUACCAAGGAAAUGGCUGAUCAUGAGGCAUCAUGGGAAUCCACUGUACCACAAGACUUUGUUCCAUCUCAUGAAGAGGAGUUGGAGUUCCUGCAAGAUGCAGAUGUAAACAUCGAGCGCAUACCCUGCAAAAUCUGCAACAGGAAGUUUGUAGGUGAAAGGCUGGAGAAGCAUCUGCAGAUCUGUAAAAAGGCGAAACAGUCACAGAGGCAGGUCUUCAACUCCUACCUUAACCGGACCAGAGGAUCGGCUUUAGAGGAAUUCCUGAAAACCCACAGUAGAUGCAAGACUCCAGAGGUAGGAUACGAGAAGUAUCAGCCAAUCAUCAGCCAAUUAUACAAAAAUGUCAAAAGGUUUUACAGAAAAAGGGUCGCAGACAAAUCAAAAAGACCGUCACAAAUGCUGCACCGCCCAGUCGACCACCAGGUGGAGCCUCACAACAGAAAAGGUCCAAGUGAGCUGAUAACGGUGGAACAAUAAGCUCUGGGCCCGACAUGUUAAUGUCGAUGCUGGUCUAGAACUUGUCUAGUACUGUGGUACUUGUUAUAUUAUAAUAAUCUCUAACACUGUUGAUUUUUCGCUUGUUGAUUAGAAUAGCUGAACUACGGGUUCCGCUGUGGGACAAACAGACCGUCAGACACGUUACAAGACAGCUUUUCAGUUUUAUUUGUAGCUUUUACACGACACUUCAUCAGCAUCAGUGAGAGAACAGUUGUUUAUACAAACGUUACAUGACCAUAUUUGGUAAACUGCAGGAACUAGCGUUUACUGUGGGUUCUUUAAAAUGCACUGUGCAUAAAAACAUGAUUGUCAUAUUUACCAUCAUCUUUGGUUUCAGAAGUUUGGACUGUAUUUUGAACCGUGUGUGAAAAAACAACAACAACGUGCCAGUGUUGCUCUGUUGUUGUUCCCACACUUUAACAGCUUUUAAUGUUAUUGCCACAUUUCAUUGUUGUAACAAACCAAUAUGAUAAAGCGAUGGAGCAAAAAAAAAAA